AUGGACCUCGGACACGGGAAGGGUUCAGUUUGCACGUGUCAUCCAGUGUCUUACAGUAGUAACACACUUGAGAGACUUCUCGUGCAUGGACCAGACGCCUACAACUCGUUUUACAACUCUCAUAGACAGCCAUCGGUCUGCAAUAAGGCAGCCAUGGACAACAUUCAGGGUUUAGGUCACGUCGGUCACAAUAAUAGACACAACACAACACUUCAAAGUGUUUUGUUGGGUCAGGUACCUGCUGAAUAUUCUCAUCUGGCUUCCGGUCAAAAUUCCAUGAGAGAUAUGCUAUCUCCAAAUGUACCUCAUCAAAGUUCCACCUCGAAUAACGUCUCAACUUUAAGGAUUCCAAGUUACCAUGACAACGUUUUGCCAUCAUCUUCACCGCGUCAUAUUCCGUCUCCACAUGUCUUGACGUCAUCACCUCACUCGCCUUCGCCACGUCACAUCUCGUCAUCGCCUCAUUGUAGGCUCUCUCCUGCACACAUGACGCCACCAAGACACAUGUCGUCACCAUCUGAAUACACGUCCUCAACACACAUGACGUCACCAAGGCACGUGUCGUCACCAUCGCGACAGCAUGUCCCAUCACCAUAUUCAACAAACUCUGCCUGUUCACCAUUCAACCAAUCCGAAUCUUGCCAAGACGAACCCAUAGAUCUGUCAUGCAAAGGGUCGAGCACAGAUGACAAUGACAGUGUCAUGUCAGAAUCUCCUAAAUCGGAUGCUGGUUCAUCCUUGUUAAGGAACCUUCUUUGUAUUGGCAAGAACUUGGAUAUAGACGAACAGUGUCCCAGUAACAGUAUGGAAUUAGAUUCUGCAUCCACAACCAUUUCGAGCAAUACCCGUGUAACAUUAGCCAAGAAAAACAUGUUGCCGGUCAGCUCUCGAGUCUCAGAUUGGUUAGUGAAAAUUGUUCAAUUCUCAAAGUCCAUUCCUGAAUUUCAGAACUUAUCUCAUAAUGACAAAGUCACACUGAUUCUGAAUUCCUGGACGAGAUUGCUCAUGCUUUACAUGUCGGAGAGCAACUUCCAAUUUGCUGUCACCCCGACACACAACGGUCGAGCUUCAGAAGAGGAUGCUCCAUCGACCACUCCAACCCCAGACACCCCUACCAUGAAGUCGGUUGAAAGUGUGCAGAACUUUGUUAAGAAGUGUCAGAAUAUGAACCUUGACCAGAAAGAAUAUGCAUUCCUAAGAAUGGCCGUCCUCUUCAAUGCAGGUUACGUUGGAUUGGACAGACCCGGUAUGGUUGACCAAUUGAAUUCCCUGAUACAGCAGCUUUUGCAAGAACACGUCCGAUUGGUCCGACCCAAUGACGUCAUGCAUUACUCACGGUUAUUGUUGUUACUCCCUGCCUUAUAUGGUAUCAACUGUAAAAUGAUUGAAAAUCUCUUUUGUGGCCACAUCAACGGAAAUAUGGACAUGGAAGUGCUGUUGAAAGAAAUGAUUCAAAAUUUGUGAUUGGGAGCAAGAAUAUGAAACAAACUUUGAAAGGACACAAUAUAUGAUACUAUAAUUUGUGAUUAUAGUACACAAAAUCUGAUUGGACACACAACCAUGGUACAUCUUUUGUGAUUGGGUGAUAAUAUAAGACAGGCAGUUUGAUUGGACAAAUAGCCAUGGUACACAUUUUGUGUCAUGGCUUCAGCGGUUAGACCGUGAAAGACCGUUUACAAGUCUUCGUCUCGUGCUGCUAAUUAAACGAUGAUUGAUAAAGUGAUAAAUAUAGACAAAAAGCCACGUGAUACAAGACGUUCAUUAUACGAUGUAUUCAUUACGGCUACGAGGCCAAAACAAUUCAAUUGUGUGUUUCAGGUUUCCUUAUUUGCUGCUUGCCUACCAUUAACAUCAGGACAUCUAGUUGACUCGUUUAAGUAAUUUCAGAAGUAAAAAAUAUCUAAUUUCAGAAAUCUGAAGGGCUAAAACAUAGUCAAAUUGACAUGUUACGUGAAUCCGAAAUCUCAUUUCAUUGAAUCAAUUACAACUGGGUCAACUGGAAGUCCUGAUUAUUGUGGAUACCUGCUAGUAAUGACAACAACAUAAAAACGUUAAACAGUAAUCGAACGAUUUUAUCAACAAUGCAAAAUAUGUUUUUAUAAGACAACUUUUUUUCCUGUCACGGUAUCAUUUUUGACAGGAAACAUGAAAAUUUUCGUUGUUUUUGUUCGGUCAUCAGACUACACAAAUAUCUAGUUCUGGCAACUAGCCUCAUUUUCAGUCCAGUCAUUCCAAACUGAUAUUUUCUUAAAUUACCUCAGUGUGUUUUUUGUUUUAAAUUAUUAUUAUUAUAAUUAAUAUUAUUGGUAUUGUGUUAUGUGUGACCAUAUCAGAAACAACAUUCGAAUAUAUAUGUUACUACCACCCAUUCAAUAUACCAUAUCAAAUGUAAAGGUGUUACAGGCAACAGAUGCCAUGACCUACUUUCUAAGGUAACGAUAACUACUGUAAACGUACAUAUUUUAGCGGUAAUUUUAUUUUAGCGCUUUGCGCGCUGGAAGCCUUGCGCUAAAUUAUGAUUGCGCUAAUUACUUUUUGUACGUUUUAUUUCUAUAGAAAGUUCUGUGGAUGCGCUAAUUCAUCAUUGCGCUAACUGGCUAAAAUCUGCAAAUGAGCUAAAAUUUGAUUGCGCUAAAAUAAGUACGUUUACAGUAUUUAAAAAAAACAACAUAAGCCUUUGAUUUGAUUGAAGGAUUUGCUUAUAUCGGAUACUAUUAUCAAAACACCUACCUUUCGGCACAUCUGUAUUAGUCUUAUCUUGCCAGAGCUGUUGUACUGUAAAAAAAAACCGCAGCCGUAUCAUGUAUUUUAAAUACAACCAUCCAGAGGGUGACUUAAUUAGGUCAAACAUUGACCUAGUUAGGUAUAUUUAACCUCGACCAAAUUAGAAACAUUUUCAAAUCCUUUAUAUUAGGAUUGGUAGAUUUGUAUAUUAACAUAGUCUAAGUUAUAUUUUCCAAGUAGUAAUUUAUUUGUUUAUUUCUAGACUAUAUUAUUUUUUUCUAUUUUCUAUGGUUUUGUACAUAUGUAAAGCCACUGUGAGUCGGAGAAGGGACGGUAAUGGUUUACACGUACUUAACUAGUUUACAGCACAUGACUCAGUACGUCUCAAUUCUAUUGGCGAAAGAUUUUUUGUUUAUUAUCUAAUUCAGAAAUAUACACAAAUCAUUGAUCGGUUUAACCGUCAUAAUGAUAGAUUUGAUAAACAAACAAAAAAUGAGGUGGAAAAUAACUGUUUUAUCAUACAAUUAAAGUUACGGGUUAAAUGUACAAAUUACCUAUACAAAGUAAUCAAAACAAAGCGGUGUAAGAUUUUCUAGAAUCCGAAAUGCCAUUAACUGUCCACUGUAUCAGUGUUAGGGAGUACUGAUGUGCUGUCUGUCCAACACGUGGUUUUGUUCCACGUUUACCGGUGAUCACAGCUGUGACUAUAUCAUUAUUUUGCUGUAUGAGAGAAUUCUGUCAUUUGAUGUACAGUGUGCAAGAUUGAACAAAAGUAAUUAUAUUUAUGUAUGACGACUGCGAAAUAUUCUGUUAUAACUUCCUGUUUCAUGUUUAAAGUGCAUAAAACAUUAUUUAACAUGACUUUAAAAAACAUGACGAAAAAAUACGAAAGUUCAUUUUAAAGAAAAUGAUGCCAUGAUUACGGGCAUACAAGGUCAUGAUGAUUUCAAUAGCUUUUAUUAUGCUUUAACGGCUAAAUAUUAUCAACAGUAUCUGUAAAGAUCAUGCACCAUUUUUCGAGUAAGAUAAAAUGCCCAUUCUUCUGUUUGAUUAGAAAAUGGUGGCAAAAGGAAGAGAUUGAAAGAUUAAAUGUCGUGAAUAGUGUGCUUAUAUAUCAUAUUUGUAGAAAUCGCAUUCUAUUUUAUUUAUUUUCAUGUCAAAAUAAAAGAUCAGUAAGAUUUAAAAA